GUAUGUAUGUAUGUAUGUAUCUAGAUAUGCAAUAUCCUCGCUCUUCGUCGCACAUCUAGAACCCCUUUUUUCCAUUCUUUUAUCAAUCUUUUUCAUUCAAUGUUCAAGCUAUUUAUGGAACAAUGUUCGUUCAUGUUCUGGUUUUUGGUUUUGUAUCGUAUUUUUGUUGUGUGUACGUUAGUGUAGAAAUUUUUGAUUUCUCGUUGGUUGGUGGGGAGGGAGAGCGGAAGGGAAUGAGUGGGCAGUGGGCAAUGGCCACGGCGCCUUGUAUUAGUAUCGUAUAUCAAUCUAAGAUAAAUAUUGUGGUGCUUUACGCGUGUAGAAGUAUGCGUUUGAAUGAGCUAUCUAUGGGAUGUGACCUAAAACCGUCUCAGCACUGUGAGUACUACAGGGGUAUGAUGUGGGGGGUGAUAUGUGAAUCUGUGAGUGAUCGAGAUCACCAUCAGGAUCGAGAACUUUUAUGAUCGGCAAUCACGACUCGCACCAUCAAGAACGUUGAGCUGUUAACUUGAAGGUUUGAUCCGCCUGCAGCUCAGCCGCGAAGAUUGAUUCGCUGCCAACUCUGAGAUGGAUCCGCUUGUAGCUUAGUCUCGAAGACUGAUCCGCUGGCAGCUAA